AUGCCCACAACACUGCAGGAGCUGCUGGCACAAAUUCCAGGUCGCAAUCAAGCUGUAGCUGUUCCUGAUGGCCCCGAACUGAGCUUUGAUGAAUUCAGAACGGUGAUCCAGGACGUUGAGCAGCAACUAGCAGACCUCGGGCUGCAGCCGCAAGACCCAGUCUCGGUUUCGCUGCCAAACACGUUGGAGUUUGCAGCGACAUUUCUCGCAAUUACCAACGCAGGUCUGAUUGCUGCUCCUCUCAAUCCGGCCUACCGUCAGAGUGAGUUUGAAUUCUACAUUGAAGACAUCAAGUCCAAGUUGGUUCUGGUCCCCAGUGGCAGCCUCAAGAGCAAAUACCCGGCGGUUGAAGCAGCUCGUAAGUUCAAUGCCGCGAUUGCCGAGGUUGAAUGGAAUGGCAAACGCGUUAUUCUUACCGUCAUGGAGCCUGCGGCUUUGAAAAUUGGUUCGGGUCGCUCUCGGCUGCCUCCGGCCAAACCCGAGCAAACCGCCUUUGUGCUCCACACCAGUGGUACGACAGGUAGACCUAAGGCAGUUCCAUUAUUGCACCGUAAUAUGAUUGCUACAGUGCAUAACAUUAUUGGUACUUACUUUUUGACCGACAACGACGCCAGCUAUCUUGUGAUGCCCCUGUUCCAUGUUCAUGGCCUUCUGGCAGGCUUUUUAGCGCCAUUGGGGGCUGGUAGCCGGGUGAUCAUUGCACCCAAGUUUUCUGCUGGUGUUUUCUGGAAAGAUUUUGUUCGUUACAAUGCCACCUGGUACACGGCUGUUCCUACCAUUCACCAGAUCUUGCUUCGCACACCGGUGCCCUCUCCUCUCCCCAACAUCCGGUUUAUCCGUAGCUGCUCUUCAUCUUUGGCACCGUCUACUUUCCAUGAGCUAGAAACCACUUUCAAAGCUCCAGUACUUGAGGCCUAUGCCAUGACUGAGGCCUGCCACCAAAUGACCUCUAAUAGCUACCCGCCCGACCUGCGCAAGCCCGGCACGGUGGGAGUUGGACACGGAACAGAGAUUGCCAUUCUCGACGAUAAGGGCAAUGUGCUGGCUCAAGGCAAAGAGGGCGAGAUUUCAGUCAAGGGCGCAAACGUUACCCCCGGUUAUCUCAACAACCCCAAAGCCAACGCCGAGUCAUUCACCAAUGGCUGGUUCCGGACUGGCGAUCAGGGUAAAUUCGACGAAGAUGGGCUCUUGAUCAUCACCGGGCGUAUUAAAGAGCUCAUUAAUCGUGGCGGUGAGAAGAUUUCGCCCAUUGAGCUCGACGGUGUUCUUCUGAGCCAUCCUGCGGUGGCUGAGGCAGUUGCGUUCGGAGCACCCGACGAAAAGUAUGGCGAACAGGUCAAUGCAGUUGUAGUGUUCAAGAACGGCAAAAAGGCGACCGAAAAAGAGCUCCAGUCCUACGUUGGCGAAAAAGUGUCGAGCUUCAAGGUGCCCACACGCAUCUUUUUCACCGAUAUUAUGCCCAAAACUGCUACUGGCAAAAUUCAGCGUCGCAUUAUCGCCCAGAAAUUCGCCAAACCUGCCAAACUUUAA